AAUCUUAGCUGUUUGAGUUGAGGUUACGAUACUGUCCGAAACAACGAAAAAUAUGUCUGAUCCGAAAAUUGCCCUUGUAAUAGACUAGAAAUUUCCAAUUCAGUCAAUCCUCUCUCUCCCUAGUUCUUAGCUUUUAUUUGUGGGAGGCUUUGUUUGUAAUUUUGUUCAAUUCCAAGGCCAUUUCAAAUUUCUGGCUGUUUCCCUCGUCACACUCAAACCCGCCAGUCUCACUGUGGACACUCUCUCAGCUGGAACCGCCACUUUCUCUGCAAGGGACUAACCUUUAGACCCUGAAAACCCGGUUUUAGCGAGAGAAGCAGAAGGGAGAGAGAGAGAAAGAAAGAAGGAAACGAGAAAUAUCGUGAAAUUCAAAGGGAAGGGAUGGCGAUCCCCGAAGUAAACCGCCAACAAGCCAGAGGGAGACCUACGGCGUCUUCAACACGACCGCCGGUUCGAGCUAGAAUUCGGCUCCGGCAGCUGCUUCGAGUCACUUCCGUGGCAUGCGGGAUACAGUUCGGAUGGGCUUUACAGCUCUCGCUUUUGACACCUUACGUUCAAGAGCUAGGUAUACCUCACCAGUGGGCCAGCAUCAUAUGGCUUUGCGGGCCGCUUUCGGGCCUCCUCGUACAACCUCUGGUGGGACACAUGAGCGACCGAUGCACCAGCCGCUUGGGUCGUCGCCGACCUUUUAUCGUGGCUGGUGCAGUUUCGAUUAUCGUUGCCGUUUUGAUCAUCGGUCACUCCGCCGAUAUCGGAUGGUUGUUCGGCGAUACAGAGGCGUCCCGGCCGAGAGCUAUCGUGGCGUUUGUUUUCGGGUUUUGGAUUCUUGAUGUUGCUAAUAACGUGACUCAAGGUCCUUGUAGAGCUCUACUUGCUGAUCUUACUGGAAAGGAUCAUCGAAGAACUCGAGUGGCAAAUGCUUACUUCUCGCUAUUUAUGGCUGUUGGUAAUGUUCUUGGCUAUGCAACAGGAUCUUAUAGUGGGUGGUUUAAGGUUCUUCCAUUUACCAUGACAGCUGCCUGUGGUGUUGACUGUGCAAAUCUCAAAUCUGCUUUCUUUCUAGACGUUAUUUUUAUUGCAGUUACAACAUAUGUAAGUGUUUUAGCUGCUAAGGAAGUGCCUCUAGGUUCAGUUGAGAUGUCUACAGCCUCUCAUGAAGAGAGACCUGAACACUCAGGUGGCAAUGCUGAAGAAGCUUUUCUAUGGGAAUUAUUUGGAACAUUUAGAUAUUUCUCAGGGACUAUAUGGAUAAUCUUGUUUGUUACUGCACUGAAUUGGAUUGGAUGGUUCCCUUUUCUUCUCUUUGACACUGACUGGAUGGGUCGAGAGAUCUAUGGUGGUCAGCCAAAUGAAGGGGCGAACUAUAAUUCUGGGGUCCGAAUGGGGGCAGUUGGAUUGAUGUUGAAUUCCGUUGUUCUAGGAAUUACUUCAGUUCUUAUGGAGAAGCUUUGUAGCAAAUGGGGAGCUGGCUUUAUCUGGGGAGUUUCAAACAUUGUCAUGGCCUUGUGCUUUCUCUCAAUGCUCAUUCUAUCGUAUGUAACAGACCAUAUGGAUUAUAUUGGCCAUGACCUACCCCCAGCUGGCAUUGUGAUUGCUGCACUACUGAUUUUUUCCAUCCUUGGCUUUCCAUUGGCGGUUACUUACAGUGUUCCAUAUGCCUUGAUAUCCACGCGUAUUGAGUCUUUGGGACUUGGUCAAGGAUUGUCGAUGGGAGUCCUAAAUCUAGCUAUUGUUAUUCCACAGGUUGUGGUGUCCAUGGGAAGUGGACCGUGGGAUGAACUAUUUGGUGGUGGAAACUCACCAGCUUUUGCUGUAGCUGGUGUCGCGUCCCUCACCAGUGGACUGAUAGCAAUCUUGGCUAUCCCUCGAAGUAGUCCACAGAAGAUCAGAGCACUCCCAUGAGGUAUUGUUGUACCUUAUUUUUUGUAUGCCAUCAAAAUGAAUAUUAAAUGUUAAGAUAGAAUUUGUAUAUAGGAUAUUGUUACUUUAUUGAUCAAUAAAAUUAUUACAAUCUGAGGUUUUGUUUGGCAAUA